AUGAUUCGCACUUUGGGCCUGCAGCUGCAAGCGUUCGAUUAUGGAUCGUUCACCGAUGAUGUCGGUAUCGAGUGGCGAAAGUGGCUACGAUCGUUCGAAGCGAUGAUGCGAGCCAGCCGUAUAGACGACGAAGAUUGGAAGAAGGACUUACUGCUGCACUAUGCGGGACCCAGUGUUCAAUUGUUGUUCGACACCUUACCGGAGCUACCAGAAAAGGAAAUGCGUGGUCCAUUGUUCAACGCGGAGCGUUAUAUUCUAAACAUGACCAGCUACGAGGAGGCAAAAGUCAAGUUGAAUGAGGUGUUCUUGCCCAAGGAAAAUUCAACAUAUGAGCGUCAUCUGCUUCGACAGAUGCAACAAAAAGCGGGUGAGAGCAUCGACGCUUUCACUAUCAGGCUCAGGGUCCAAGCGGAACGCUGCGGUUUUGGUGACAGAUUGGAUGAAAAUAUCAAGGACCAAAUCAUUCAGAACUGUCAAUCAGCUGCUCUCCGUCGCGAGUUACUGAAGCGAGGUGAUGUAAGUCUGGAAGAGAUGCUAAGUACGGCUAAAAUUUUCGAAACCGUCGCCCAGCAAGAGAAAUCCUUCGCUAAUGGAGAUGGAAUGAAAACUCCAGUUAAUGAUGUCAACAAGGUCGAUCUAACACCUUCCCUCGGCAAGAGGAUGCGGUUUGCUGAUCCAAGUCAAUUCGAGUGUCAUCGUUGUGGAUUCGUGACUAAAGACGACUCAUGUCCGGCAAGAGGAAAAACCUGUAACAAGUGUCUCGGCAAAAAUCAUUUUGCGAAGAAGUGUCGUACAAGACAGCCGAUUAAACCGAAAAGUUAUCCCAAGAGCGAAUGCACAGGAAGGAUUCUCACGGCAAAUCCAAGGACCAGUAAGGACGAAGAUACGGUGAAACACAUCGCUGAGGAUUCGGUUGACGGCAUCGCGGAAUACGUUUUUAAUGUGACAUCUUGUGACGGCAGGCAACGGUGA